AUGCUAAUUUCAGGGAAGUAUUGCGUCUACAAGAAAGGCGUUUGUCCAUUGGGACUCAGCGAGGGGUUUCUACAUUGGGACGAUGAAGAUAGAAAUAACGUUAACAAAGACGGUGGAUCACUUCCUGAAGGCGCAUACGGUUCGGACACCAGGAUUUUCUUCUGCUGUAGAACGGAUGGUGAUAAGUCAGAUCCAGUGCCCCUCCCUCUUAGUAAGCCCUUUUACCUGCUAGCGUAUGGUUCGUCUGACUGUCAACUCGUUAAAGGAGCCAUUACUACUACAGAGUACAUAAUCUUUGAUAACGAAGACAAAAAUAACCAAGACUCAUCAGGCGGAGUACAUCCGUAUGCAAGUUCUAGUUUGAUCUACUACUGUUAUUAUCAAGGUAAGCUUGUUUGCUUGUUUUCUUUACAAUGAUUAUGGUGUUGUUUGCUAUGCUUUUCAAUCGUCAGACCAAACGGAAAAGUUCGAAACGCGCACUCUGAUUUGCUAGCUAGGAAGCGAAUGCAGUUGAUUUGCUAUUCAUCUCAGAUGCGAGAACAUCCUUGAACCAUCAGAGGCAGCUAGUCUGGGUCGUGGUAUUUUGGAUUCAUUAUGAAUAAAAUCCCUCUGGGGUUCAUUCCUACAACGUGCGAGGUGCAUCGAACAACAUUUUUGUACCAAGGCCUCGUACUGAAGCUGCUAAGCGGGCUUUUAGCUAUAGGGGGUCAGUCAUGUGGAAUGGCCUAGAAAAUGUGCUUAAAGACGAGAUAAAUCUCAACUCUUUCAAGUCUGCCCUGUCUUUGUCUUGAACCAGAGAUUGCCUUGAGCGAGUUGAGAUAAAAUUUAUGUUACUUAUAUAAUGUACCUUUAAGGUUGAUCGAUUUUUGUGUAAUUAAUAAUAUAUAUAAUAAUAUUAUAGGAUAGAGUUUCUUAAUAUAUAGAUAUAUAUUUUAGCAUUAAUGUAGUUUCUCUGAAAAUUUUGUUAUGUAAACGGCUCACUGGAAGAGCAUUUUUAAUGAAGUGAUACCGUAAAUAAAGCUUGAUUGUUGUUGUUGUUGUUAUUUGUUAUUUUUUUAGCGCCGGCAUCAGUGGAAACAACUACCAACUGUUCGAAACUUUUAGAGAAGACAACUGCCACUAGACACUCUGUGCCUGCAGCUAUCAAGAGCUCUUCAAACCAGCUUCCGGUCAGAUUUAUAUCCGACACACAUAAUGAACACCCAGGAUUUGUGGCCAACUAUCGAGGUACUGAUGCCUUGUGGCUUUGAGGAAGCUAAGAGGCGUGACUGGGUUAUCCCAGCAUUCAAAGUCUUACUAAGGCUAACGCUAUAUUAUGUUUCUCUGCAUAAAACACGUCAUAAAACGUAAUACUUAUACGUACUUCGUUACAUUAGGGGGUGGGGUUCGGAAUUAGAGUGAUACAGAAAAGACAAACUUGAAGGACUUUGCGCGCUAAAACUAGUGGCUCGAAAUCGUUAUGGCCUUUGGGCUAACAAAACUUUAAUGUUCCUGUAGGGCAUCUAAGAUAAAUCGUCACACUACACCGAACCCUACUAUUCGAAUCUUUACGCACGCCCACUGUCACAUCACAAGUCAGUGGCAGCCAUAGAGGGUUGUUUUCUCCUUGUUAGGAAGUUCAUCAACAUGGCAAAGUUUCACGGGCACUGUUUACUGCGGAGAUGCUGAGAAGACUGAGCACCUUUAAGCACCUUUAAGAAUCCUUAUAUCGUACGGGUACGUUCUGACAAGGACAAAACAGUUAUUCAAGUGUGCCCACGCUGGAGUGACAUUGCGGUGGGGAUGCGAAACGUACUGACUAUUUCCAGGGGUUGGUUUUGUGAUCAUCAUUGCCAUAAUUGUUUGUUGUUUUCAAAUGCGGUAACUAACAAAUGGCGAAAUUUGAUCCUUUUUGUUCUUUUCAUGCCCUUAGCCGUUGGUCCUGGUGCUGUACGUCUUGUAAAUGGAACACUCUCCUCUGGAACAGUUCAAAUAUUUUAUGAUGAAAAGUGGGGCACAGUCUGUGACGAAUCCUGGGAUAUCACUGACGCUAACGUAGUGUGCAGGCAGCUUGGUUUCUCCGGAGCAAAUCACUCUGUCAGCAGCGUUUAUGAAAGUUAA